AUUGCGCUCUUUCUGCAGCACCACCGAGCGAUUCCCAUACAAUUGCACCAUGAGCGGGAAGUUACUGAUUGUAUGUGCCACAUUAUUUCGGCUACAACGACACUGUUACUAAUACGCAAUUAUGCAGCGACUUCUGGAACACGCCUUCGUACGGAAAGCCAUCACACGCUGUAUGGCAACCAUUUCUCACACCGUCCCCUAAACUCUGGAACAUUCUGGAGAAUACGAGCUGUCUGCAUAGAUGUAUUAACAGGCAGCAGCUGUCAGUGGAAGAUUCCGAAGUCGAUACAGACACCAGAAGCACAAAGUAGACAGUCACCUUAAGUUUCGUAGUGAUGGCUGAAGGCGGUGACAGACGCAGGCAUCCUCAGAACCUCCAGGGUGUUCUGCGUUUGGCAGUCGAGGCUGGCUCUGCCUCGGAGGGUCCCGUUCCCCAAGAACCCAUGUCUGAUGAGACAAAGACAUGGUUGAGAGAAGCCCUGGCAGAUGUGUGCAAAGGACAGCUGGAUGAGGUGGAGCAGAUGAAAGAGUGUUUGAAAGUCCUUCGGACAGAGGGGAACCAGGAGAGAGAGAGGGAUCAAGAGGAUGGCGAGGAGGAGGAGGAGGAUGAUGAAGAGGAGCAGAAAGAAUCAGCCUUGGAGCUGCUGUCAGAACUAUGUGAAAAUCUGGACAAUGCUCGAGACCUGAUGAAGCUAGGAGGCCUACAAACGUGUGUCUCCUCCUUACUGUGCCACCCUCAGAGUGGUGUGCGUUGGCGUGCUGCUCAGCUCAUCGCCUCCUGUGCCCAGAACAUGCCCGAGGUGCAGUGCUACCUCCUCAGCCAGGGAGCGCUAAACAAACUGCUACAUCUCACCGACCAUGACCCAAACCCCACUGUUAGAGUCAAAGCUCUCUAUGCCGUCUCUUGUCUGGUGCGGGAACAGGAAGUGGGUCUCCAGGACUUCCUGUCACAUGACGGCUUCUCUGUGCUGAUGAGAGGCAUGCAGUCAGACAGCGAGAAGCUCAGGACAAAAUCAGCCUUCCUGCUUCUGAACCUGCUCACAGCCCACCCAGAACACAGAGAAACUGUGCUCUCUAUGGGCAUGGUCGUGCAGUUGGUCUCUGUCCUCCGCUCUCCUCACAGUUCUAUGCAUGAGCAUGUGCUGGGAGCCCUCUGCUGCUUGGCUGAGGACAACAGGGGUGUGGAGGACUGCAGGGUGUCCUCUCUUGGAUUGGAGGAGUUGCUGACCCAGAGGGCCCAGAAGCUUCAGGGAAAAGAAGAGAGCCAGGAGGAGCUGGAGUUCUGUGAGCGGUUGCGAUCUGUCUGUUUCCAGGUGCAAAGCCCAGAUGAAAGCGGAAUGGAUCGAUGAAUGAGCGCCUGUUGGUCAGUCUGGAUUCAACCCAUACCAUCUCUGACCAGGACCCAUGUGUUGUUUGUAGAAGUGGACUUCAGCUAUCUCUCAGGAGGAUAGGAGGCACUGCAUAGAUCUUGACCAGCACUGAGCAUCAGACAGACCUGAACCGCACCACACCACCCAGGGAGAGGAUGGGGCUGCUGCAGAGUUGGGCUGGUGAAAGGCUUUAAAGGGCCUUUAAGGAGGAAAUGGGUCAAAAACUGUCUCGAGAGAAUUCAAAUGAUGAUUCAAAUUACUGGUGAACAUUAUGUCAUUUUGUUUUCUGCACAUAGAUACACUUAAGGACCUCAUGCAUGUGAAAGACAUGCAUGUGCACUCCUCAUACAAGCCAAUGCUCCAACAGGCUCAUGUCCACUCACAAACACAGACACACACACAUAAACACAACCCCACACGCAUACUCAUCAGCAAUGGAUUUGUACCUGUAUGAAAAGAUGUACAGUUUUAUUUUUGAAAAGGCAUAAACAGUUGUCCACGUGUCAUUUCACAGCUUUAAAUGUCGUUUUCAGAUCCUUUUUUUCGUUAUACAAUUAAAAUGAAAGAACUGAA